AGAGGUUCCCUGCUGCACGAUUCCUAAACUCCUGGUACCUGAGCACCAAUCUGCCUUGGAGAACCUGAUUCUGAGACUCCAGCAGGAUGUCUUAUCAACAGCAGCAGUGUAAGCAGCCCUGCCAGCCACCUCCUGUGUGCCCCACACCAAAGCGCCCAGAGCCAUGUCCACCCCCGAAGUGUCCUGAGCCCUGCCCACCACCAAAGUGUCCAGAGCCCUGCCCACCUCAGCAAUGCCAGCAGAAAUGUCCUCCUGUGCCACCUUCCCCACCCUGCCAGCCAAAGUGUCCACCCAAGAGCAAGUAACAGUUUCAGUGUUGAUCAGGACCAUGAAAGGAUGAGGAUAAUUGGCCCACCUCAUUCUGUAGCUCCACCUGCAUCUUCUCAUCAAAGCCCACCAUGGAUACACAGGGAGCUUCUUUCCCCUUUGCCUGUGAUCUGCUGGUUAUGAUCCCUGACAGCAAAAGAUUUCCUUUCUGAGACUGUCAUACCACCACCGUCCGGAUGAAGUCUGAGAAAAGGAAGUCCUCAGCUGUUCCAGCUCCCACAGCUUUGGAAGAAAGAGCAGCAGCUCUCUCCCUGGGAACCAUCAGAGAAUUCUGUUGAUGUGUUCUGUGUCUGUCUGUCACCUGGGCAUGAGCUUCUCCCAGCUGUGCCAUUGUCACUUUUCUUUCACUCCCUGAAUAAAGUAUCUAUGCAUA